AAUUGACUUAUCCCAGGGGGCAGAUGUAGCGGGGGCCCAUUUUCUCUCCGCUGACCAUACGUGUCUCACUUUUAUCUCGACUAGUCUUCUCUCUGUCUGUCACACAGAGGAGAACGAGCAAGCAUCUGCACAUCUGGAUAUUUGUCCCUUGUAGGGAAAAGAAAAAGAACACACAUCACCGUCUGUUUUGGUUUACAGUAGGCCUUUGAAGGACACAACCAGAAACGCUUCUCUUCCCCUGAAACCAUGGGCAACAACAAGAGCAGUGCUGUAUCCAAGGAGAUCCUCGAAGACCUGAAGCUUUCCACCAAGUUCAGCGAGACAGAGAUCACCCAGUGGUACGAAAACUUCCAGAAGUCGUGUCCGUCGGGCCGCAUCACGCCCGAGGAGUUCGAGUCCAUCUACAGCCGUUUCUUCCCAGAGAGUGAUGCCCAGACGUACGCGCAGCACGUCUUCCGCUCCUUCGACACCAAUGAUGACGGCACUCUGGACUUCAAGGAGUACAUCAUCGCCCUUCACUUGACGUCCACAGGCAAGACCACAAGGAAGCUUGAGUGGGCCUUCUCGCUGUUUGAUGUGGACAAGAAUGGAUACAUCACCAAGUCGGAAGUGGCCGAGAUUUGCAGCGCUAUUUUCAAGCUGAUUCCUAAGGAUAAACAGGCUGAUCUGCCCAAUGACGAAAACACACCUGAGAAGAGAGCUGAGAAACUCUGGAAAUUUUUUGAUAAAAAAGAAAAUGAGCGAGUUGCUGAAGGCGAGUUCAUCAAAGGUGUGAUGGAAAAUGAGGAUGCGCUUCGUCUCAUUCAGUAUGAACCUACAACAAAGUAGAUCCCUACUAAUCAGUUCUGUAACCUCAGUUCUACAUUAAUUGCUAUGGUCCUAGUGCUGUUUGUCCAGUUUUGCCAACUCAUAUAUUUGUUGUGCUGCCAAACAUGACUGUAAGAGUUGGUCAGACAGCACAAAUCCAUCUAGGAUCAGGCUACUACAUUCCCAAAUCCUAUCCUCAACUUUCACCUCAGACUUCAGAAAAUAAUUAGUUUUCAUCCCAGUCUAAUGUCAAUGCUGAUCAGACCUGGGUACAAAUAGUAUUUGUUUAAACCCAAUAGUACUAUUUGAACCUAAGUCUGGUACUAAAAUGCACUGUAGUCCAGAAUGAGAUCUGAGGGACAUCUCUAAGAAAACCAACGCUUGUCCAGUUCACCAAUGUAAUGCUCACUGACAUCUGAUGUAAUUAAAAUGUAAAAUUGAGUAUACUGGUAUUACAAAAAAUAUAUUUGUUGAAUGUGAUUUUUAGCUUCAGAAUGAUUUUACAAUGGUUAAUGAGGGUUGGGAUCUGGUAAAAAAGUGAGGGAUCUAGAUUAUAAAAAAGUAAUAAGUAACCUGUUGAUAAUUUUUAAUAAAAUAUGUGCUAUUUGCUAUUUAAUUAAAUAUUUUGAUACAUGUGUGAUUGGGGAAAAUUAUAAACAUUAUAAAUAUUAAAAUGUUUUAGAACCAUGUUUCCCAAUCCUAGUUCUGUAGACCCCAAGGAGUGCAUGUUUUUGUUUUUGCCCAAAUACUCAAUAUAUUCAAAUGUUGCCCUACCAUUUACUCAAUGUGUUAAGUCAUUCAUUUGAAUCAGGUGUGUAAGUAUUAGGGCAAAAAUGUGCACUCCUUGGAGUCUCUGGGACUAGGAUUGGGAAACACUGUUUCAGAGGUUUGUGAAUCUUAAUUAUAGAAACAAAGCACAGCACUCACUGUAUUCCACUGAAUCAAUAAGUAACUUUAUGGUACCUUUGAUCUUUGAAGGUUGAUGAUUCACAUAAUGGCAACAAUUAUACCACCUGCAAGACUCUGUAGCUCUACUAAUAUCAUUUAUUCUCUUUUACAAUUAGUUAAAUUGUAAAAUAGUAAUUAUCUCUUGAAAUUAAAAGAUAAAACUUUUGCUUUUGGUUUAGUUCCUUUGUCUUAUUCUAUUUUUAAAAUGACAAACUUCACACAAGUGCAAAUAUUUAGUAGAUCCGUCCCUCUGUUUUGGGAAGUGCGUACCAUAAGAGAAAAUGAGGUGAAGUUAACUGUCAUGUUAAAAUGUACAAAUUCACAGUGUUAGCAUGUCAGCUUGUGAGAUAUCAACGCUACACGGAUCUUAGUGAUCUUGCAGCCGGUGACCAAAUAUCAAAUCUGUCUAAUAAAUCACCCCCCCCUCCUGUCCCAUUUUUGUACUGUAUUUGUUUUUCAGAUUUUGAUUCAAAACUAAUAUUGUGAAAUAAAGCAAUUCACUCCAAUAA